AGAGAGAGCAAGAGACGCUGGGGAACAAGCCGGCGAGCGCCGGCGGCCCGGCCCCGACGGGAAAGGAGGCACCGGCGCAGGCCGCUUUCGGGUCUGAGGCUUCCUGACAGGGACGACGUUUCCCGAAAAGUACACCGCCGGGUGUCCCCAGGACCGGAGAGGGCGUACCCCAAGGCCGGCAGACGCUUCAACGCAGUGUGCAAAGCGGCUUCGCGGGAAGUCCCAGAACUGAUCUCCAGGACCAGGAAUCUUCUCCCAGCCUCUAGGGCCCCCCGCUCAGCCAAAGGCCUUCCCUGCCAUGCGACCUGUCAGUGUCUGGCAGUGGAGCCCACGGGGGCUGCUGCUGUGCCUGCUGUGCAGCUCGUGCCUGGGAUCUCCAUCCCCAUCCACGGCCCCUGAGAAGAGGGCCGGGAGCCAGGGGCUGCGGUUCCGGCUGGCCGGCUUCCCCAGGAAGCCCUUCGAGGGCCGUGUGGAGAUACAGCGAGCUGGCGAAUGGGGCACCAUCUGUGAUGAUGACUUCACGCUGCAGGCUGCCCAUAUCCUCUGCCGGGAGCUGGGCUUCACAGAGGCCACAGGCUGGACGCAUAGCGCCAAAUAUGGCCCUGGAACAGGCCGCAUCUGGCUGGACAACCUGAGCUGCAGUGGGACUGAGCAGAGUGUGACUGAAUGUGCCUCCAGGGGCUGGGGGAACAGUGACUGUACCCAUGAUGAGGAUGCCGGAGUCAUCUGCAAGGACCAGCGCCUCCCUGGCUUCUCCGACUCCAACGUCAUCGAGGUAGAGCAUCACCUGCAAGUGGAGGAGGUGCGACUUCGCCCAGCGGUUGGGCGGGGCAGGCGACCCCUGCCAGUGACUGAGGGACUGGUCGAAGUCAGGCUUUCCGAUGGCUGGUUGAAAGUGUGUGACAAAGGCUGGAGCUCCCACAAUAGCCACGUGAUCUGCGGGAUGCUGGGCUUCCCCAGCGAAAAGAGGGUCAACGCGGCUUUCUACAGACUGAUCCUGACUCUGCUGUUGUCUUAUCCUCACAGAAAGUUGAGGAAGCGAGCGGCCAAAGCUUCGGCCCGACGCCCCAAGCCCCUUGGAAGACCAGUCACCAAGCGUAAAGUCAAACCCAAAUCCCGAGUGGGCAGGGGGCCAAUCAAGAGGCUGCUGGCCCAGCGGCAGCAACACUCCUUUGGUCUGCAUGGGGUGGCGUGCGUGGGCACGGAGGCCCACCUCUCCCUCUGCUCCUUGGAGUUCUAUCGUGCCAAUGACACUACCAGGUGCCCUGGGGGGGCCCCUGCGGUGGUGAGCUGUGUGCCAGGUCCUCUCUACGCAGCAUCCAGUGGCCAGAAGAAGCAACAACAGGCAAAGCCUCAGGGGGAGGCCCGAGUACGUCUGAAGGGUGGGGCCUACCCUGGAGAGGGCCGGGUAGAAGUCCUGAAGGCUGGCACAUGGGGCACAGUCUGCGACCGCAAGUGGGACCUACAGGCAGCCAGCGUGGUGUGUCGGGAGCUGGGCUUCGGGAGUGCUCGAGAGGCUCUGAGUGGUGCCCGCAUGGGGCAGGGCAUGGGUGCCAUCCAUUUGAGUGAAGUUCGAUGCUCUGGACAUGAACCCUCCCUCUGGAAGUGCCCCCACAAGAACAUCACAGCUGAGGACUGUUCCCAUGUCCAGGAUGCUGGGGUCCGAUGCAACCUGCCCUACACUGGGUUAGAGACCAAGAUCCGAAUCAGUGGGGGCCGCAGCCGAUAUGAGGGGCGAGUCGAGGUGCAAAUAGGGAGACCUGGAUCCCUUCGCUGGGGUCUCAUCUGUGGGGAUGACUGGGGGACACUGGAGGCCAUGGUGGCCUGUAGGCAACUUGGACUAGGCUAUGCGAACCAUGGCUUGCAGGAGACCUGGUACUGGGACUCGGGGAAUAUAACAGAGGUGGUGAUGAGUGGAGUACGCUGCAUAGGGACUGAGCUGUCCCUGGACCAAUGUGCUCAUCAUGGCGCCCACAUCGCCUGCAAGAGGACAGAAACCCGCUUCACUGCUGGCGUCAUCUGUUCUGAGACUGCAUCAGACCUGCUGCUGCACUCAGCACUGGUGCAGGAGACCGCCUACAUCGAGGACCGGCCCCUGCACAUGCUGUACUGUGCUGCAGAAGAGAACUGCCUGGCCCGCUCAGCCCGCUCGGCCAACUGGCCGUACGGCCACCGGCGUCUACUCAGAUUCUCCUCCCAGAUUCACAACCUGGGCCGAGCGGACUUCAGGCCCAAGGCUGGGCGCCACUCUUGGGUGUGGCACGAGUGUCAUGGGCAUUACCACAGUAUGGACAUCUUCACUCACUAUGAUAUCCUGACCCCCAACGGCACCAAGGUGGCUGAGGGCCACAAAGCUAGUUUCUGUCUAGAAGACACCGAGUGUCAGGAGGAUGUCUCCAAGAGGUAUGAGUGUGCCAACUUUGGAGAGCAGGGCAUCACCGUGGGUUGCUGGGAUCUCUACCGGCAUGAUAUUGACUGCCAGUGGAUUGACAUCACAGAUGUGAAGCCAGGAAACUACAUUCUGCAGGUGGUCAUCAACCCCAAUUUUGAAGUAGCAGAGAGUGACUUCACCAAUAACGCAAUGAAAUGUAACUGCAAAUAUGAUGGACAUCGCAUCUGGGUGCACAACUGCCACAUUGGUGAUGCCUUCAGUGAAGAGGCCAACAAGAGGUUCGAGCGCUACCCUGGCCAGACCAGCAACCAGAUCGUCUAAGGUGCCAGCACCCACCUCUGCAAACCACCACUGGCCCCUAAUGGCAGGGGUCUGAGGCUGCCAUUACCUCAGGAGCUUACCAAGGAACCCGAUGUCAGCAGGCCCGCCGCACUUGUCCAGUGUUCACUGUGGAUGUGGAACUGUCAAGCAGAAGUUACCGCCCUCCUUCCUAGGCCAGCUGUCAGGAUCUGUGGCCAAGCAUGGGAAACCUGGCUCCCAGGCCCAGCACUGAGCUGAGCAGGCCACAAAGAGCAGCACCUGAUUAAUUGGCCAGAACGACAGACAGCAACAGCUUGUUCUUGAAUAGGGAGGUCAGGAUGGUCAGCUCCAGUAUCUCCCCAGUUCGGGGGUAUACAGCUUUACCUCUAGCCUUUUUGUGGGGGAAAAGAUCAGCGCCUGCCCCCUCAUUUUUUACUAUAACAUGUUGCUAGGUAUAAUUUUAUUUUAUAUAAAAAGUGUUUUUGUGACUCCUCA